AUGCAGAAAUCCUAUAAGAACCCUCAACCAGGAAAAUUUUUAAGCAAAGAGGAACAACACGUCAUCAUGGUCGAUGCUCUCAAGCAAGUAAUAUCCGGCGGCGAUGAUGGUGGAUACACCACCACUGAAGGGGCCCAACAACUCCUACAAACCACCCAGAAUGCCAUGUCAUCAUCACCAUUAAUUCCAACAAGAGGGACCACCCCUAGUAGUGCUUGUGCUAGUAGUAGCACAAGAAAGGAAGGGAAGAGAAAGAGAAAGAAGAACAAGAAGUACAGGGGAAUUCGACAGAGGCAGGGAGGUAAGUGGGCUGCGGAGAUUUGGGACCAGGGCCCGGUGCCGGUGUGGAUUGGCACGUUCCAGACGGAGGAGGAAGCCGCCAGAGCUUAUGACUUGAAGGCCGUGGAGUUCCGCGGGGAGAGAGCCAGGACCAACUUUCCGUUGUCGGACUACCUAGAAUUGCCAAGCACCACUCAGCAGACAGACAAUCCAGAAAGCAACCCCAAUUAG